AUGGAUUCCUUAAAUCUUUGGAGGAAAAGAAAUGAAGAAGAUGACCUACUCAUGCUCAACAAUUGGUCAAAAGAAUGUUUAGCUCCUUCCAGCAAUGUAGAACAUCACACAUCCAUUCUUACAGGUGAUGUUUAUGUACAAGAAAUUCUUCAAGGUCAUAAGGAACGUUGCAAAAGAGAAUUUCGUAUGGAGCCUUAUAUAUUUCAAGCACUGGUUGAUCGUCUAAGAGAAAAAUCUCUCCUCUGCAACUCAAAACGGACAACAGUCGAGGAGCAACUAGCAAUGUUCAUGUACACUCUAGCUCAUAAUGCUAGUAACAAUGAUGUGCAAGAGCGAUUUCAACAUUAUGCAGAAAUGGUGAGUCGAUAUUUUAGUAAAGUACUUAAAGCUGUUAAUCGACUUGUUCGUGAAUAUAUAGAACCUCCAUCGACACUGGCAUCACCGGUUAUUCAGAAUACCCAAAAUUUUUUCCCAUAUUUCAAGGAAGGUUCUGCUUCCAACGCUAGGAUUCUCCAACGUUCGAUUGAACAAGGUUUUGAAGUCCCACGGGGUAAAUAUUAUCUAAUAGACGCAGGAUAUGCUAAUACCCAGAAUUUUAUUGUUUCAUAUAGAGGUGUCCGGUACCAUUUGCAAGAGCAAGGUCGAGCGCAAACUAGACCUGACAAUUAUAAAAAACUAUUUAAUUUGCGACAUGUGUCAUUACGGAAUCAUGUUGAACGCAUCAUCGGCAUUUUGAAGAUGAGGUUUCCAAUCCUUAAAGUAGCAACUUUCCACCCAAUAGACUCUCAAACUGAUAUAGUGGUUGCUGGUUGUAUGUUGCAUAACUUCAUCCGUAUACAUAAUGGUACAGAUGCUGUUGAGGAUUUCGAUAAUGAAGCCGAAGAAACUAUUGUUCCUAAUGGAGAUGAGUCAUACGGAGAGGAUGUUGAUACCAUGAACUCUGAGCGAACUGCAGGUGCUCGUAAAAGAGAUGAAAUAGCAAUGCAAAUGUGGAAUGAUUAUUGUAGCUACCGCCGAGCCUAA